CGAAGGACAGUUGCUGAGCAUAAUCUAAGCCUUCUGAAAACAAAGAUGACCGACCAAAGAUACCCAGCCACAGUCAGGCUUAUUGGGGUGAUGCAAAAGGACGCGAGCAAGAUGUUCAUGACAUCGGUACUUUGGUCAGAUCAUAGUGAAAUCAUUGUUUACAGAUCAUUCCAGGAGUUCAAAAAACUGCAUAAGCAACUGAAAAGGCUAUUUCCUGUGAAAAAAACAUUUGGGACAUCAGAAAGAGUGAUUCCCAGGUUCAGAGCAAGGAACACAAAGACCGUUCAGAGGAAGGACUCCAGCAAAUCAUUGCGGCGCCUGUCAUUUCUAGAAAAUUACUGCACAGAGCUGCUGAAAUGUGAACCCAGUGUCACUCAGAGCUCAGAGGUGAUCCAGUUCUUCCUGCCACAGCAUCAGGACCUGCAGCCAGAGUUUUCAAAGAACAGCAUUGUGAUUCUGCCCUUGGAGGACAUUGCAGACAGCAAUGACAGGGGGAUCGAUGCCAUCGGUGGCAAGCGAUUCAGCAUGGGCAAUGUGACACAGCCUUAUGUGCCUGAAUCAUACCGUUGUGUGGCUCCAUAUGAGACAAAGGACACCAAGAACAGGGCCUUCAGAGUGGCUGUGGAUGAGACAGUGGAUGUACUCAUCAAAGACAAAGCAGGUUGGUGGCUGGUGGAGAAUGAUGCCAAAUGCCUGGCCUGGUUCCCAGCUCCUUACUUGGUGAAGUGUGAGGAUGGGGAAGGAGAAGAGGACUAUGACGAUGGGACACCUGCAGUUGGGUUGAUGUACCGUGCAGUCAGGAACUAUACAUCUAAAAAAGAAGAUGAGGUCUCUGUGCACAUCGGCUCUGUGGUGGAGGUGCUGCAGAGGUCUGAGGAUGGCUGGUGGCUCAUCAGAAAUAAAGGAAAAGCUGGCUAUGUGCCCUCCAUGUACCUGCAACCUUAUAUCAACCCACUUGUCCAGGUCCAGAAGGAGAUGCGGAGUUCCACACUUAACAUGGCCCAGCUGCAUAACUCAGACCCAUUCCCCCCCAUGCCAAGGGGAACACUCAGUACUGCUAACAAGAAAAGGUCACGUUCUCUUGACAUACUGGCAGAGCCACACCAGAGCCAUGUCCUCCCACCUGUCCCGACAGAGAACGAGAGCCGCAAGAGCAGUCUGAGCGGAGUUAGCCUGGGGAGUGAGUCCAGCUUCAGCGAUGACUGCAGCAGCCCGGGUAGCGACUCUCUCAGUGGCAGCCCCACAGGCACGGUGGAGCUGCACAGUGCAGAUGGUGGCCUCACUGAGGGAAGGUUCAGCCGCCGUAGUUCUGACCUCAAUCUCCUGAAGAUCUCCUCCGCUCCCAAGGUUCCCCCACGGCCCAGGGACCAGGAGAUUCUCAGCCGCUGCACCACUUUCACACGCAAAGCUGCCCUGGCAUCCAAAGCCCGUCUUCCUGAGCUGAAGCAAAUGCAAGGUCGCUAGGUUGGACUAGGGUUGAUUUAGGUUACAAGGGUCCUGCGGAUAAUUCAGACUCCUGUUGUAAAUAACUAUAUUGUUGUUAUACUGUUGUAAAUAGCAAUAUUAUUUAUAAUUUCAAAUGUGUAGGUUGUAAUAGAAAUCACAAUGAAAACUGUAAACGAACAAUGCAAAUAACAAUACACCAUUCAUGACGUACAAAUAAUCAUGCAAUAUUAGCAUUAGCAAGAUUUUUCUUCGUUGGAGCUGGUUGCUCUGUUUUCUGCAAUAGUGUACUCCCCUCAUUGAUAUAUUUCUUUUGCAUAUUUGUGUUCUGAGGUUGAAAUUGAAAUCCAUAUUUUCCAUAGUGGAAAACAUUAAUGUGCCUUAUAUGCAUAUUACUAAUUAAUAAUGUUGUUUUACAUUGUUCUUCAAAUUGCUGGGAAAGGCAUUGUAUAUGCAGGUAUGUUGGCUGUGUCCUUUGUGAAGUAUAUAAAGUAUCAGAUCAUGUUCA